UUUGUUUUAUGUUGCAUUCUGGAUUGGAGGCCUCCGACGCGCGCAUUUUUCAAGAGCUUCGAGCGUGGGGAUCGCACUAUUAGAUGGAAUCGUCUGGUAGAGGUCGCGGUGGUUUUCGUGGUUCGUUUGGAGCUAGGGGAAGGGGACGUGGACGAGGGCGUGGUCGUGGACGAGGUCGUGGUCGUGGAGUUGCAACAAAAGAAUGGAAGCCUGUUACUCAGUUGGGACGUCUGGUAUUCGACAGGAAAAUCACUACAUUAGAAGAAAUAUACAUGUUCAGUCUCCCAAUUAAGGAGUGUGAAAUUGUAGAUACCAUAUUGGGUUCAAGUUUAAAAGAUGAAGUCCUCAAAAUCAUGCCAGUUCAAAAGCAGACUUGUGCUGGUCAGAGAACCCGUUUUAAAGCAAUUGUUGCAAUGGGGGACCAUAACUGUCACGUUGGGCUAGGAGUUAAAUGUGCUAAGGAGGUCGCUACAGCUAUUAGAGGUGCUAUUAUUCAGGCAAAGCUGUCAAUAAUUCCUGUAAGGAAAGGGUACUGGGGUAAUCAGAUUGGAAAACCACACACUGUUCCAUGUAAAGUGACUGGAAAAUGUGGUUCUGUGUCAGUACGUUUGAUCCCAGCCCCUCGUGGGACAGGUAUUGUUGGUGCUCCAGUUCCCAAAAAACUCCUUCAAAUGGCUGGUAUCGACGAUGUGUACACAAGUGCUCGGGGUCAGACCUCAACCUUGGGAAAUUUCGCUAAAGCAACUUACGCAGCCAUACGAGCUACCUAUGAGUAUCUAACACCUGAUUUGUGGGACGUUGUUCCAAAAACAAAACACAUAUUUGUUGAAUAUGCCGGAUAUCUUAACAAAAUUGCUAAAGAAGUUUGAAUGAUAAUAUAUGUUGGUGGAUAUUAAUUUGUUCUGUUAAUGUAAGUUUGCAGUGGUAUAACAGUUUUCUGGAUAAAUUUGUUCCGCGAGUCCACCCAA